AUGUCAGACGAAAAAACACAAUUAAUUGAAGCUUUUUACAAUUUCGAUGGAGACUAUGAUGGUUUUGUUAGUGUAGAAGAAUUUAGAGGAAUUAUUAGAGAUGGUUUACCAAUGACUGAAGCUGAGAUCACAGAAUUCUUUGAAGCAGCUGAUCCAAAUAAUACAGGUUUUAUUGAUUAUAAAGCAUUCGCUGCAAUGUUAUAUUCAGUUGAUGAAUCAUAA